AUGUCGGAUGGAGCGGCCAGUAAUUUCCGCGCGCGCAACUUUCAUUCCCGGUGGACGUGAGUCACGGUUGACAGGAUGGCAUGGGUUAAUCUUGGCCGCCCCGCACGCCGCCAGGAAUGGGAGGAUGACGAAAACCCACUUGGACAAACACGCCUCGUGGGAGAAGGACGGAGGCAUUCAUGCGACGGCUCAAUGCCCGGCCUGAGGAAUCCUCAAGCUUUCAGGAACCUUGUCUGACUUUCAUAGAUCUGACGAUCAUUAUAGUCACAUCAUUGUCCCCCUUCAUCAGAUUCAACGCGCUGCCACUCAGAAUCAUAAUAUCGAUGGUGUUUCGUGAAGACAAUAAAAAAAAGAAAGUUAUCUCUUGACUAAUUAUGGCUGAGUAGGCAAGGUUCGCAACAAUGCGUCUUUUUUUUCUUCCUUCUUGGUGUUCCUCCACAAAUACAACAUUAUAUUGUUGGCCCCAUUUUCGCAAUAAUCGAUGCAUUGCCAUCCUAACGUGGCAGCGACAUGAGGCCAACAUCGCCUAGUCUUCCGCCCCCUCAACCUAGCAGGGAACUAGUUUCAGAACGGAGCAACGGCAGAAAUGGCCCCCAAUUUCAUACUCGCUGCUCCAUAUCGCAAUCUUCUC